AUGACUCCCCUACGACUUCCCAAUCUUCUUCGCGCGAACAGACAAGGAUAUCGAACACAACUCUCCGGACGGAGCAUCGCGGUCAACAGACUGAAGGUCCAGAUACGAAAUGCUUCGUUCUAUAACGCUGAUGUUGCCGGACUUACAGAGGAAGAAACCGAGUUCCGCGACGCAGUCACCGAGUUCGCCCAGAAAGAGAUUGCUCCUCGCGCGGCUGAGACAGACAAAACCAAUACGUUCCCGGCGGAUCUCUGGGAGAAACUAGGUUCUAUGGGACUUCUGGGCGUCACUGUAUCUCCGAAGUAUGGAGGGUUAGCCUUGGGAUAUUUGCAUCACACUCUUGCAAUGGAAGCGUUGUCAGCAGCCUCCGGCUCAGUCGCUCUCUCCUACGGGGCUCAUUCCAACCUCUGUGUCAACCAACUCCAUCGUCACGGAACAGAGAAGCAAAAACAGAAAUACCUCCCUGACUUGAUCGCUGGAAUCAAGGUCGGAAGUCUUGCCAUGAGUGAAGCAGGAAGCGGCAGUGACGUAGUCAGCAUGCGUCUAAACGCCAAAAAGGUGGAUGGUGGCUGGGUGCUUAAUGGAACGAAGUUCUGGAUUACGAACGGCCCAGUCGCCUCUACUCUCGUUGUUUAUGCCAAAACCGAUCCUGAGAAAGGAUCGAAGGGAAUUACGGCUUUCAUCAUCGAGCAUGGCUUCAAGGGGUUUUUCACGAGCCCUAAACUGGAUAAAUUCGGAAUGAGAGGCAGCGACACAUGCGAGCUAAUCUUUGAAAAUUGCGAAGUCCCAGAUGCCAAUGUUCUCGGACAAGUGAACAGAGGGGCUGCUGUCCUCAUGUCGGGCUUGGACUUGGAGAGAAUCGUUCUCAGCGGAGGCCCUCUCGGGUUAAUGCAAGCAGCUUUCGAUUAUGCUGUUGAAUACGUACACGAUCGAAAGCAGUUCGGAGAACCAAUCGGUACUUUCCAGUUGAUGCAAGCCAAGAUAGCCGAUAUGUACACGAAGCUGAAUGCCAGUCGGUCGUAUGUUUACGCGGUUGCCAGAGCAUGCGACCGGGGGAAAAUUAGUCGGAAGGACUGCGCAGGUGCUAUCCUGUAUUCGACUGAGAAAGCCGUAGAAGUUGCUUUAGAGGGCAUGCAAUGCUUGGGAGGAAAUGGCUACAUUAACGAUUACCCGAUGGGUCGCAUUGUUCGUGACGCCAGAUUAUAUACGGUUGGCGCUGGAACACAGGAAAUUCGGCGCAUGCUCAUUGGACGAGAGUUUAACGAUCAAUUCAAGGACUAG